AGUAUUUUAAAACCUAUUUCCAGAAGCAGAAUUUGUUUCUUAAAUUCGUGAUAUUUAUAUUUUUAUACACUAACAUUUCCUAAAACGCGAGCAUUUCCUAUAUUAGAAGUUAUAUUACUUAUUAUUUCACCUAUUAAAUCCAUUACUAUCGGUUGUAAACCGUUACUUCGCACGAUAAUGUUAAUUGAGUAUGAGUGUUUGUGAUAAGCUUAUCAAUCCGCAUCAAGCGUCGCCGGCUCGCGCGGUGAGGACGUGUACACUACGCCCUGUGCCUUAAAUAUUUUACUCUCUACAAUAAAAAAAAAAACAAACAAAAUGUCCGGAGAAGGUUCAAACGGCGAUGGAAACAAGAAGGUAGCUCUUAUCACCGGUAUCACAGGACAGGACGGUUCCUACCUCGCCGAAUUCCUCAUCGAGAAAGGCUACACGGUCCACGGGAUCCUCAGACGCUCCUCGUCUUUUAACACGGGCCGCAUUCAGCACCUCUACGAGAGACCGGCUUGUCACACUGGGGGACGCAUGCAUUUACACUACGGGGAUCUUACUGACACUACCUGUUUGAUUAGCAUCAUUGUCAAGACUCGACCAAAGGAGAUCUACAAUCUCGGAGCGCAGUCACACGUAAAAGUGUCCUUUGAACUGAGCGAAUACACGGCGCAGGUGGACGCACUAGGUACCUUGCGACUACUGGAGGCAGUCAGGGCCGCAGGCUUGGAGAAGGAGACGCGAAUCUACCAGGCCUCCACCUCGGAGCUGUACGGAAAAGUGGUCGAAGUCCCGCAGACGGAAAAAACGCCUUUCUACCCGCGAUCACCUUACGCCUGCGCAAAACUCUACGGCUACUGGAUAACAAUAAACUACCGCGAGGCCUACGGCAUGUUCGCCUGCAACGGCCUCCUCUUCAACCACGAGAGUCCCCGGCGAGGCGAGAACUUCGUCACGAGGAAGAUCACCCGAGGCGUCGCGAAGAUCACUUUAGGCCUCAUGGAGUAUAUAGAGCUGGGGAACCUGGACUGUAAGCGGGAUUGGGGGCAUGCCAAGGAUUAUGUCGAGGCAAUGUGGCUGAUGCUGCAGCAAGACGAGCCGGAAGACUUCGUAGUGGCCACAGGAGAGACGCACAGCGUGCGCGAAUUCGUGGAGAAAGCGUUCGCGGUCGUCGGACGGACGGUCGUGUGGCGCGGUGCCGGUGUGGACGAGACCGGACAUGACGCCAAAACCGAUCAGCUGCUGAUCAAAGUGAACCCUAAAUACUUCAGGCCGACUGAAGUGGACCUCCUUCUCGGCGACGCAUCGAAAGCGAAGGCCAAGCUCGGGUGGUCGCCGCGAGUGUCGUUCUCGGAGCUGGUGCAGGACAUGGUGCAGGCCGACCUCGCGCUCAUGAGCAAGGACCCGGAGGCGUAGAAAACUGGGCCGUUCAAAUUAUGUGUCCCGGGUAGAUGUUGACGCCAUCGUCUCUCAUCAUCUGAGCUGUGCAGCCUAAAUGCCUGGUAAAUUUUGGUAAUACUUUUUAUUUUCAAUAAUACGUACAAAACGGGGCUAUGACUGUUAGGAAAUGCCUUGUGGCAGUAAGUCCGCAGUGUUUGUGUGUGCAAUAAAGAAUUAGAUAGAUAUUAUAAAAUACUGUAAUAACUAUUGGCCGUUUUGCAAUGUCAGUUUUCAUUUUCAAGUGAAUUAAUUUAUAUGAGAUAUGCAUUUCACAAUUUAUAAAGAUGUAUGUAUUUAUUUGAUGCCGAUGCCGUAUAAUAGUUAUUUACGAUAAAGUGAGGAAAAGAGGAAAUUGGAAACGAGUGGCGAGAAAUUAAAACACGGCCGAAGGGAUAUCACUAGGGAAUUACUAUUCGCACGUGUAUCGACGUAUCGUACAACGUUUUAUAGCACAUAUGGCCCUCUAAAUUUUCGACAUAGGCACGGAAAGUGCUUAUUCUCGCACUAGUGCGGGAAAGUAACACCAUAUGUACUAAAAUAGUACAUUUCGAUGCUAGUGCGGAAGGUAUGUCAUUACUUCACGAGUACCGAGAUAUCUUGGCAAGACUCGGGACGAGUGAAGAAUGACAUUUCCGCACGUGUAUCGAACGACGUUUUUUAAUACAGUUGCGAAAAAAUAAGAAAAACAUUGUUAAUCGUACACUAAACAAAAGUGGUAACAGUGACAGCUCGGUUAGACGUCGUCUUUAAGUAUAUUAUAUCUAUGGGCGUUUGGCAGCUAUUCCGUUCCAUUCAGUCAACUUAUUAAGAACGGAAUUUUCAAUAUUGAAUAUUAAAAAAUAAAUGUGUUAUAAUGAUGAAGAGGUAAGUAAUUAAAUAUGAAAUAUGUAAUAUUUUUCGUAUUCUUACAUUAACGGUAGGUUUUUAUGCUGAUUACGACGUUUAAAGGAAACUAAUAUUAACACUCAUCAAUAAGUAGUCGUGAAUUGGAACAAGUAUAAAUUUAAAAAAAUUGGAAAAGUAAAAAGCACUAGUUCGAGAUAACCAACUUUCCGCACGCUAAACAGCUACGUAAAGUAGCACUUUUUGAGCAACUGUAUUAAAAAAUAAAUUUCAUUGUGUGUAUAGUGCCCGAUCGGCUAAUUACGAAUCAUGACAGUUGAAAAUACCCAAACAACUGUUGUCUGGCAGAAAAAAACGGGUGUAUAUGCCUACAGUGGUUGCCUAUAUUGGUGACAACAUUUAUUAAUUGAUAAUUAUAGUAUACUGGUUUAUAUUACUUGUUACUUCAAUGUUAGCUAUAAGCUAUAAUUUGUAUAAUUUAAAGUAUUAUUUUAAGAAUUUAAGCAUCACAAGUUUUUAUCUUUUUUGUGUAAUUUUUCUUUGCCUGCUCGUAAAAAUAUGUACAGGAAAGUACAUAAUUAUAUAAUAAUACGUCACUAUUAUAAAAUAUAUUUGCAAUAAUAUAUAUCUGUAACAUUCCGUCAAGCGCUUUAUAUGUGAAGUAGUUAGUCAAAAGAGAUGAUAAAAGUGUUUAAUUUAUAGAAAAAUAUUUAGAUGCGUAACAUGAUUUAUUGUGUAAAAUUUAAAAUCAUAUAAAAAUAUGUUAUUUUCAUCUCUCGCUGGUCUGGCUUUAGCUGUGUAUAUAUUAUUGUGUAAGUAACUUUUGUAACGGAGUGAAUUACAAGA